AUGAAGAUGUCAUGUUUGAGAUCAAUACAGGUGCAAGGUGUGGAUUCAGGAUUUGUCCCCAGCGUUCAUGAUUUUGACAAGAAACUUACCGAGGCUGAUGCUUACUUACAGAUCUUGAUAGACCAGCUGAAGCUCUUUGAUGAGAAACUCCAGAGCUGCAAAGAUGAUGAACAGAGAAAAAAAAUUGAAAGUCUCAAAGAAACAACUAGUAGCAUGGUAGAAUCAAUAAAACACUGCAUUGUGUUGCUACAGAUUGCAAAAGACCAAAAUAAUGAGGAGAAGCACGCAGAUGGACUUAUAAGCACUAUCAACCCUGUGGACGCAGUGUAUCAGCCCAGUCCCUUGGAGCCGUCAGUGAUCAGCACGAUGCCUUCCCAAGCUGUCAUACCUCCAGAACCUGCUCAGUUGUGCAAGUCAGAGCAGCGACCUUCGUCUUUGCCAGUGGGGCCUGUGGUAGCAUCGCUUGGAAAUCAGACUCCAACACCAAACAGUACAGGGAGUGGGCAGUCAGCACCUAGCAGCAGUCUCACCUCUCCAAGCCAUGUCAACCUGUCUCCAAAUACAGUCCCAGAUUUUUCCUACUCAAGCAGUGAGGAUGAGUUCUAUGAUGCUGAUGAAUUCUACCAGAGCAGUUCUUCCCCAAAGCGAUGUAUGGAUUCUUCAGGGUCUGCUGCAGUGCUGACUCGGAGCAGCACGGGGAGCAGCCUGAAACGUCCAGACACCACGGAGUCCCUCAAUUCUUCCAUGUCUAAUGGCACCAAUGAUGCAGAUCUCUUUGAUCCUCCUGAUGAUCGAGAAGAUGAUGGGGAAGGAGAAUCGGUGGAAGAACAUAAAAGUGUUAUUAUGCAUCUAUUGUCCCAAGUCAGAUUAGGCAUGGAUCUAACCAAGGUUGUUCUUCCAACUUUUAUCCUGGAGAGAAGGUCGCUGUUGGAAAUGUAUGCUGACUUCUUUGCACAUCCAGACUUGUUUGUCAGCAUCAGUGAUCAGAAGGAUCCGAAGGAGAGGAUGGUUCAAGUGGUUAAGUGGUACCUCUCAGCUUUUCAUGCAGGAAGAAAAGGGUCAGUUGCUAAAAAGCCUUACAAUCCCAUUUUGGGCGAGAUCUUCCGAUGCCACUGGGUGUUGCCAGGCACUGAAGGUGAAGAUGAUACGGAACCGGUUUCGGAAGGACCAGUCCCAUGGGUCAGUAAAAGCAACGUCACCUUUGUGGCAGAGCAGGUCUCCCACCAUCCUCCAAUUUCAGCGUUUUAUGCCGAGUGUUUUAGCAAGAGGAUACAGUUCAAUGCUCACAUAUGGACCAAGUCCAAAUUCCUAGGAAUGUCUAUUGGGGUUCAUAACAUAGGGCAAGGGUGUGUCACAUGCCUAGAUUAUGAUGAACAUUAUAUUUUGACCUUUCCUAACGGCUAUGGAAGGUCUAUUCUCACUGUGCCAUGGAUAGAGCUUGGAGGAGAAUGCAGUAUUAGUUGCUCAAAGACAGGUUAUAAUGCUUCCAUCGUCUUCCACACAAAACCAUUCUAUGGAGGAAAGAAGCACAGAGUUACAGCUGAAAUUUUUUCUCCAAAUGACAAGAAACCCUUCUGCUCCAUUGAAGGAGAAUGGAACGGGGUCAUGUAUGCAAAGUACUCGACAGGGGAGAAUGCUGUCUUUAUAGAUACCAAGAAAAUGCCUACAAUUAAGAAGAAGGUAAGGAAAUUGGAGGACCAAGACGACUUUGAGUCUCGCUGCUUAUGGAAAGAUGUCACCUACAACUUAAAAAUCAGAGACAUUGAUGCAGCCACAGCUGCAAAGCACGCGCUCGAGGAACGGCAACGGGCUGAGGCCAGAGCCAGGAAGGAGAAUGAGACCUCAUGGGAAACAAGGUUAUUCCAUGAAGAUGGAGAGUGCUGGGUGUACGACGAGCCCCUGCUGAAACGCCUCGCUGCCAGCAAGCACUGAGCGCGCUCCACAGCCCCAGAACACUCGAGCCUUGGCUUAGCAAAGUUUACAUCUGAUACCAAGAGAGUCAUCAGUUAUCACGUAGGUAGCGAAGGGAGAGCCUGAGCCCUCCCCUGCAGUGGUUCCUAUCUCAGGGAUACAGAACUUACUGAUGCAGA